UUUCGGUGUACAAUGGCACCAAUUGUGUUUGUCCUUGCCCUUCUCCUCGGAUUUGCAAAGGGAGACUACCCAUGCCUGUGCUCUUACCAGGUGCAGACGGCAAUUUACGCGAGACCAGACGAGAAUUCGAAUGUGGAUGGAUACCUAUUAGAAUCUGACUGUAAACCGUUCUAUGAUCUACCAGGGAUUGACGAGAAAUUUGCAGCCAUUGGAAUCGAAAAUAGGUACGGCUACAUCGUGAGGAAUUCAGAUAUACAAAUUCAAAAAUGCCAGGGAAACAUUCCAGCAAUAUAUCUAGUAAUACCAUCACCACCACCAACAACACCGACGUCCACUACAACAACACCGUCCUCCACGCCGACCUCUAAACCGACCUCCAUUACAACAACACCAACCUCCAUUACAACAGCACCGACCACUGUUGCAAAAACAACUUCUAUGCCAACAACAAGCCCGUUACGUACUUCUACAGCUGCUAUGUCACUGAUGGGGAAAUGCCUGUUGCGACUUGGUCACCCCAACUCCACACACGUGUCCACCGACGGAUUGUACUGCUUCCAGUUCAUAGACACCAAACAGUCUUGGAUGCACGCCAAAGAAGACUGUGCAAGAAGGAAUGGACAUUUGUUGUCCAUUGAAAGCGAGAGAAAAACUAACUUCAUAUACAAGAUGCUAACGAAAAUUCCGUACGUGCAGCCAAUCUGGAUAGGACUACAUGACAGGACCUCGGAGGAGAAGUGGCAAUGGGACUCCGGUAUUCCUGCUACAUACUUUAACUGGAUGCCGGGCCGUUUCGUCGACCAGUACCAUAGCACCGAGGAUUGGGUAGUGUUCGUCCAUGCACGUCAUGGCCAAUGGGACGAUAUGGACUGUGACGGAAUAUCCUACGAGAUAGUCCUGUCCUUCCCCUACAUCUGUCAAUUCCGUCUUUAGAGGAGUUCCUUGCCGUGUUUGUAUUUAGUCGAC